GGAAAAGUCUACACGCGCUGAUUUAUUUAUGUAACCAAAAAAAAAUGGGUGACGAAAAUAUAGUCACUAAUAUGUAUCAAAUGCAAAAAUUCUCAUGGAUAGACUACAUAGUGUUUGUGCUAAUGUUGGCUAUAAGUGCGUUUGUGGGCGUUUAUUGGGGUUUUUUCAAAAAACAGACUACACAAAAUGAUUAUCUUCUAGGUGGUAGGAAUAUGAAGGUUAUUCCCGUUUCCAUGUCGCUGGUUGCCAGUUUCGUGUCAGGUAUAACUUUGCUCGGAUCUCCAACUGAAGUUUAUAUGUAUGGUACGCAGUAUGGUUACAUAAUAGGUGGCAUUUUUUUGAUGUCCAUAGUUAUGACACAGGUUUAUCUCCCAGUAUUUCAUGAGCUCCAGAUAACGUCCAAUUAUGAGUACUUAUCAAUGCGAUUUGAUAAUCGAGUGCGGUUAUUUGGAUCGAUCCUAUUUACAUUUACGCUGAUAGGUUGGCUACCAAUCGUUAUUUAUGUACCUGCACUGGCCUUCAAUCAGGUGACCGGAGUCGACAUUCACAUAAUCACUCCAAUUGUUUGCUUGGUUUGCAUAUUUUACACCAGCGCGGGUGGCCUACAAGCGGUUGUUUGGACGGAUGUUAUUCAAAUAACAGCCAUGGUGGGCGCAAUGGCAUUGGUGGCUAUUAAAGGUACUUUCGACGUUGGGGGUGUAGGAGUGGUGUGGCAGCGAAAUAUGGAAAGCGGUAGAAUCGAAGCUCCUAAUUGGGAUCCUCGACCGACCGCACGGCAUACAAUAUGGAAUUUAGUAUUUGGAGGUCUGAUAUAUUGGUUACAAGCGAAUGCAGUUAAUCAGACUAUGGUUCAGCGUUAUUUAGCCUUGCCUACUUUAAGAGGCGCAAAAUGGGCAGUGAUAUACUUCUGCAUUGGAAUUUCGAUUCUCUAUUGCUUUUGUUUGUAUUGCGGUCUCCUAAUAUAUGCCCGGUUUUACGACUGCGAUCCUUUGCAGACAAAGCUUGCAAAAGCCAAGGACCAAUUGCUGCCGUUACUGGUUAUGGAUGUUCUCGGUGGCAUACCUGGUCUGCCAGGAGUAUUCGUAGCUGGCAUUUUUAGUGCAGCUCUGAGUUCUCUUUCAACGAGUCUUAAUUCUAUGUCAGCUGUAGUUUUGGAGGAUUUCUAUAAGCCAUUCUUCAAAAAGCGAUUAUCGGAUAGGCAGACGAACUGGCUUUUAAAAUCUGUUGUCAUACUUUUGGGAGGGCUUAGUUUAGGGCUUGUAUUCAUUGUUGAGAAAAUGGGAACAAUUCUACAAUUAACAAUGACCUUGGAAGCAAUGACGAUGGGACCACAAUUGGGUGUGUUCACAAUGGGAAUUUUAAUGCCAUGGGUGGAUGCUACGGCUGCCUUGGUAGGUGGUGUUGUAGGUCUCGCUAUUAUGGCAUGGUGGUGUCUCUCGGCCCAAAUGGCGAUUGCUCGUGGUCUUAUCACCCAUCCCCACAAACAUCUCACCACGGAAGGAUGUCAGUACAAUUUCACUGUUGCUGACAUUGUUAUUACUCCUAAUGAAAGUUCGGAAUUGCACAAAGUAAUGCACGUGUCCUACAUGUGGUACACUUUCGCCGGUGCUUUAAUGACGAUAUUUGUUGGUGUAUUGAUUUCUAAAGCGAGCAAAUGGUGCGGCAAAGUGUACUUACCACCGGACCCAAAGCUGCUUGCACCACAAAUGAGAAGAUUGUAUAGAGAACCGCCCCAUCCGAGAGACGAGCCCUUUAUCAGAGCAUAUGGUAAUGAGGAGAAUCUCCCGAUGAACUCUACUUCAAUACAUAUGAAACCCAUAACGGAAAGGGCAGAAAUAAGCUGAGAAUAUUUUUUAUUUUAUUUAUUUUUAGUGUAAAAUUAUUUAUUAAGCAUAAUAAAUAUUCAAG